CUUUAAGACUCGGAUGUAGGGGCUUCCGAGGAGCGCCUGAACGCGGCAUACGUUUCUCAGCCGGUGUGUUCAUAUUGUGACGCCCCUCCGCUGCUGCACGGCGGCUUCAUGCUUUACAGACGACUAACGUAGCCUACAGGGGUGACAUGACUCUGACCAGAGGAUCUUUCACCUACGCCAGUGGGGAGGAGUACCACGGCGAGUGGAAAGAAGGUCGGAGGCAUGGCGUCGGCCAGCUCAAGUUUCAGGAUGGAACCUGCUACUCUGGCCAGUUUGAGAAUGGACUCUUCCACGGCUCUGGUGUAUUGCUCUUUACAGAUGGAUCCAGGUACGAAGGAGAAUUUGCGCAUGGGAAGUUUCAAGGCGCGGGCGUCUUCAGUCGAUACGACGGCAUGAAGUUUGAAGGAGAAUAUAAAGAUGGACGUGUUGAGGGAUACGGGCUAUUGACCUUCCAAGAUGGAGCUCAUGGCAUCCCGCGAAACGAAGGCUUGUUCCAAAACCACAAGCUGCAGAAGAGAGAGAAGUGUCCAGGAGUGGUGCAGCGUGCGCAGGCUUCAGCCUCCAACGCUCGCAGUCUGGCACUUUGACCGUCACGGACCCUGGAGGAGACACGGUCAGCAGCACGGUUCCAGCACCUUCCAGGAGGGCCUCAGGGAUGUGUACUCGUAUACUCCCCUCCAGCUCUUCUCUCUCUGUCUUUCUCUUUCCUCUCCAUCACUUUCUUUUUAAUUCCUUUUCUGCAUCUUCCUCGCUUAGCCUUCACAGUGGCUUGGAAUGCACAUGCAAUUUGACCAAAAAAUGGCUUUCUGUAUGACUGACUUGAAAUGCACAACAUCGUGAAGCACACCUUUAACUUCACAAGUCACGUAAACACCAAAUGCUGCUGGGUUGUUCUAAUUCUCCUACUCAUAAACAGUGUCUUAGCGUUUUCUCUAGAAUAGUUAGCUUUCAUAUAUCAAACAACGGAAUAUGGGAGACCUCUUCUUACCAUGUUAUUGCACAUCUGGUACUUUAAAGAAGGUUUUUUUUAUCCUGCAUUAGGAGGAGGUGUAAAGUAAGUCUGUGUGUUGAGGACUUCAGGCACUAAUUAGAUUAAUUCAUCUUAAAAAAAAUGCUGCAAUCCAUUACAACAGACUGAUACUUAAAGGUCCCCUGUGGGGUUUCUGACCUCUGGUACUGCAAGCUAGCAAACAUGGAUCUAAACGAUGCAAAAUAAAAAAAAAUUAGGGAUGUAACGAGAACCAGUACUUUGCUACCAAGUCGAUGCCAGAAUUCGGAAAAUGUGACGGUACUCGACCACGAUCACUAUCGAUGCGUCCAGGGGACACGUCCUAUUUUUUCCCUGAUAAUGCUACAUUGCGAACAACAAAUCUGUGUUGAAAUCGGCUGGACGAGAGCUAGUUAACGUUAGCCGUUAGCUCCGUGCAGAACUGUGCUGCUUACCGGCUGCUAACAGCUAACGUUAACUAUCUCUCCUACCGAUUUCAUAAGAGGUUCGAUUGAUCUACAUUAUGAUGCGUUCAGGCUCUGUUUAGUAAAUAUGGGUAUUGGGCGAAGGUAAAUUCUAACAUUAUCAUGUGUUUAAAUGUAAUCUUGUAAUGUGGUUUGGGCGUGAAACUUGAAUAAAUCCAGUUGUUUGGAGGCAAUGUUUUAACAGCACAUAAAAUAGAUAAUAGAGAGGGAAGAAAAAACAGUAUGCAAACGGUAAUAAAGGAGUGUUUGUUGACGUACAUAGGAUUUAUUGUUUUUUUACCGUGGUAUCGAAUUGGGUAUCGAGAAUCGUGGAAUUUUACUGGUAUUGGUAUCAAUUACUAAAUUUCUGGUAUCGUGACAUCCCUAUUAAAAUAUUUUAAAAAUUGGCUUUACAAAUGUUUUAUGUGGAAGGAAAUGUAUUCAACACGUUUGUCAGGCCUCAAAAGAUACACAUAGUGUGAAAAACAAUGAAUGUAAACAUCUUAUUUGUAUACAAAAACACUCCACAGGGCACCUUUAAUUUCUCAUCUCAAGUAACAGUGCUGCUGAAAACUUGAUCUUUGCAUGCAUUCUUAUGUCACUGGUGUUUCUCCUUUUAGAAGAUCAGUAUUCACGUUUGCCUUAAAGACAUUUUGGUGCGAGAGGGUAGUUCCAGGGUGUCCAUCCGAAAACGAGAUGACGCACAGUUCCCUCUCCUUCCCGUCUCCUCUGCAUCAUUUGCCCUAAAGGUGUCUGUCAUCCUAAUGAAUUUGAGGGCUGUUUGAAGAUUGCCUUCACUCUGAGGGACACGUCGCUAAGCUGGGUGCUGAGUCUCAGCUCCCAUCACUCACGAGUCCAGCAGCUCUCCUCUCUCCAAUAAACCUCCCCUCUCCCAGUGGAAAUCAUGGGAGAGGAGAUUUUAACUCCGCUGGAUAAUUCUCUCAUGUUUUCCCUUGUAUUACCUGAAAGACUCGGAUGACUGGACAUCCUCAAAGUUGUUAAAUAAUCAUAAUUAAAUCGGGACGUAGAUCUUAAUUGAGGCAGCUGAAUGAAAUAAUUUAUAAACCGGAUAUACAGUAUAUUUAAGAAUAUGUAAUUGUGUUUUUCUGUGAGGUGUAUAUUCAUUGCCAUUGAUUGUGUUUGUUCUGACCUUUCAAAUGAAUUAAGAGUUUCAUUGGUCAGGUAGAAAAUGGUGUUAUUUAAGACAGUGUGAUUGAGUAUUUUGAGCAAUUUGUUAACCAUUAUAGCCGAUCACAGCUAUCUUGUGAUUACAGAUGAAUUCAGUGUACUUGAACAGUUAAUAGGCCUUACAGAGCAUUUGUAGACUUGUCUAGGGUUGCCUACAUAGAAAUUCAACCAAAGACAAUCAAGUGAUAUUACAGGUAAGGAAGCCUGGAACAGUCAACAGGAGUUACAUGUGUCAUUUCUUACAGCCGAACAAUAAAGACAAAUCAAUAAGGACAAAUCCACCUGGGGCUUUAGUGUGCAAGAAAAACAAAAGGGCCGGAGAUUAAACAGGGAAUUGAUAUGAGAUUCUGUUGUAAAUAUUCCUGAAGUCUCUAGCCUGUAUUAUUGCAGUUCCUGAUUUUCAUUGUUGUUAUAUGCUACGAGGGAAAAAUCAAUACUCAAUAUCAUGAACCCAUACUGCUGCUUGCUUUGAAUGCCCCAUUUGGUAUGGCAGUGUGCUGCAAAGUACAAUCACAAAGAUUGAAGGGAACAUUAGACACAGAAUAGCAGACCAGCGCACGUGUCAGUACCACUAUCUAAGCACACAGUGAUACUUUAAUGUCUGCUGUAAGUGUGUAACAUCUUGUAUUUCAGAUCAUGUAAUGGUAUUUUUCCUUUUCUGCUAUUUCGGAGACGGCGCCUGCUGCUCAAGCCUUCUUUGCCUACACACGCCUGCCUGAGUGGAAUUGAAUUCACAAACAAAUUCCACAUCUAUUUCCAACUGGAAACAAAUGGUGCUUUGAAAAGCGUGCCUGUCCAGACUUUCAACUGCCUGGAAAAUAUCAUUGCCAUGGUUACCUUUUUUUUCCCAGUAAUGUUGCUUUGAGUGCUCUUAGAUAAAACUACAGCACAUGUAUCACCUCAUUCUCCUGGAAUAGGUCUGAGUAUGUAUCGCAUAGGCGGUAUUGUGUUUAAUAAAGCCUCGUGUUGAGAAAAGA